GCUUUAAAGCAAAUAUGGCGGCCUCCAUUUGCGCGUUUGUUCCCAUGUGUUUCUUCGUUUGGCCCGCGUUGAAGCGCUGUUAGACGUCUCGGAAACCGAUCAAGGCACGUACGCGAAUUGAUAAUCGACUAUGACGGUUAGCGAAAUCAAGAAAAACGCGACGCUGUUCGUGGAGGACCGCAAACACUGCAACAAGCUGGUCGACAUCAUAGCCGGGCUCAAGUCGGACGCGGAAGACAUCGUGGUAGCCAGCAUUCAAGCUUGCAACAAAGUGUUUUGCCACGUCCUGAAGACUUCCACUGUCCUGACUGAGGACCAUGCGCAAGUCGCUCCUGAAACGCAAAAAGCCCUGCAAAAAUACAACGCGUGGUUACGCGAGAAGUACGCCGAAUCUCAAAAGCAGAUCCUGCAAAUCCUAGCAGACGACUCGACACACCGUCGCCAUGACAUCGCCGUCCAAGUGCUCAUGAAGUGGAUUGAGCUGGAGACUGUGAAUAAACAGCAGGGCGAACACCACGUGCCCGUCGAGAAACUAGCCAGCCUUAUCGGCGCCCUGUUGUCCCCGAAGCGGGACGGGAAAGGAUGUAUCUCAAAAUUCAACCACUUCCUGGAACUCGCGGACGUGAGAACGUACGCCCUCAAGACACUGGCUCAAGCCUCGAAAGACUGGGACUCGGAUCCCGACGAGCCAGAAAAAGAACAGUACCUCAAGAACCUGUACCACUUACUCCUCGGGUUCAACAUGACUCCACCGGUCACGGCGGACGACGAACCGGUGCCGGUUCUGGGCGGCACCUCCACAAACUUUCUCGUGAACCGGGAGCAAGAUAUUAAACGGAUCUCGAGCGUCUGGAUCGCAUUUCUCAGGCAGAAGCUCCCGAUCAAGCUAUACAAGGAACUCCUCAUCCUCCUGCCAGAAAAGGUGGUCCCCCACCUCCAUAACCCACUCCUGGUGGCCGACUUCUUCAUUGAAUCGUACAACCGCGGCGGCGCGCUGAGCCUAAUGGCACUCAACGGCCUCUUCAUGCUCAUCCACCGCUACCACCUGGACUACCCCUACUUCUACGAGAAGCUCUACAAACUGAUGGUUCCAGAGGUCUUCUACCAGAAGUACCGGGCGAGGUUCUUCUUCCUUACCGACCUCUUCCUCUCCUCGACCCACCUGCCCGCUUACCUGGUGGCUGCAUUUGCCAAGAGGCUCGCCAGAAUGUCCCUCGUUGCCCCGCCAUACGCCCUCCUUUACGUCGUCCCGUUCAUCGGCAACCUCCUGGUCAGGCACCGCAGUCUGGCGACCAUGAUCAACGACUCUGGGGAUGUGGAUGCAUCUACGGAUCCGUACGACGCAGAAGAACCGGACCCCGCCAAGGCGAGGGCGGCGGAGAGCUCCCUCUGGGAGCUGAAGACGCUGCAGAGCCACUGGCACCCGACCAUCGCCAAGAAAGCCAAGUUCAUCAACGACAACUUACCCAAGAUGGAGUGGGACUUCUCAGAACGUCUCGAGGAAGGCUACACGGAGAUGGUGAGGCGUGCCAAGUCGGCCAAGCACAAGGAGGCACCGACCAACUUCCACAAGGUGGAAGGGCUCUUGAAGCAGAAGGAGGAGUUUCUCAGCGAGCUCUGGAGUUUGGAAUGAGCCACAAGGCACAAGUGUACGACGCGGGACUUUUUAUAUUAAAAGGGAAGUUGGAAGUUUUAAGGCUAUUUGUUCUGCGGGUUGUUUUGUGAAACUCACUACCUAACUUGGUGGAACCCAUUUUGAGACCCAUUAACCCUUUGACAGUCGUCGUCGUACCUGUACGGCAGCGAUUACACAUUUUAAAGUGCCAGGCUAAACGUAAAACCGCGUGCACCGGGGGAGGUGUUGCUAUUUGUUAUCUCUAUGGCAAACUGUAGACAUUAUAUUCACGGUGUUUUGCUUUGCUGGGGCCAUUUCUAAUUUUAAAGUUGACACUCCACACAUGUGAUACACACCAGUUGGUCGCUUCGAAAGUUGGCUGGUCUGAAGAGCCGGCCUUACGAUGCAGACCCUUACGCUUAUAAUUGAACUGAGAGGAUGAGAGCUUACCCUUUCUUUAUACAUUUCCUUUGAGAACAAAACCCAACCACUGGGCAGCAUAUUUCGGGCAAAAAACUCUACCGUCAAAGGGUUAAUGAUUAAUGGAUGAAGUGUGUGUUGGUGUAGAUCAUAUUGAACAAAGAAUAAACAUGUAAAACGAAG